CACCCUGAGACUCUUCUUUGCGCCCCAAGGAAGAGUCUUGCACCCAAAUUUGCCUGCUUGCACCCAAAAUUCCCUCUUGCAACCCCAAAAGUCCUCUCUCCUUAUGGCCAGCGCUUCCCUGCUGGCACUCUGAGGUCCCCGCCUGCCACCCAGCCCGAGCAGCGCCCAUGGAGUUCUCGGAGCUGAUCAAGACGGCGACGGUGGAGGACGUGCUGCUGUCGCGGCCGGGGCUGCCCGCGGUCCGGGGCACCCUGUGCAUCACCAGCCACCACCUGCUGCUCUCCUCCUGCCCCCGCGGCGACCUGGAGCUCUGGCUGCUCAUCCGCAACGUGGACGCCGUGGAGAAAAGAGUGCAGAAUUUAGGCUGGUACCAACCCCCCCGGACUGGCGGCUCCCUGCGGGACACCAGGGUCUCCGGCUCCUCCGGCACCAUCACGCUGCGCUGCAAGGACCUGAAGGUGCUGCAGCUGGAGAUCCCGGGCAUGGAGGAGUGUCUGAACGUGGCCAGCUCCAUCGAGGCGCUCUCCUCGGUGGACUCGGUGAUGAUGAUGUACCCGUUCUUCUACCGCCCCCCGAGCCUGCGGCUGCAGCAGGGCUGGCACCUGUGUCCCCCCGAGCGCCACUUCCAGCAGGUCGCCUCGCAGACGAGCCAGUGGCGGCUGAGCACCGUGAACCGCGACUUCAGCGCCUGCCCCUCGUACCCCCGCGCCGUGAUCGUGCCCGCGGCCGUGGGCGAUGACACCGUGGCAAAGGCGGCGCGGUUCCGGCAGGGCGGGCGCUUCCCCGUCCUCAGCUACUUCCACCCCAAAAACGGCACCGCCCUGCUCCGCAGCAGCCAGCCCCUGACCGGGCCCAACCGGCGGCGGUGCCGCGAGGACGAGAAGCUCCUGGGGACGAUCCUGGACGAGGGCGAGCGGGGCUUCGUCAUCGACACGCGCUCGGCGCAGGUGGCCAGGCAGGCCCGCAUGAGCGGCGGCGGCACCGAGCCCAAAUCCUCCUACCCACAGUGGCGGCGGCUCCACCGCGCCCUGGAGAGGGGCCGCCCGCUGCAGGAGAGCUUCGCCAAGCUGGUGGAGGCGUGCGGCGAGCCCGCGCCCAGCAUGGAGCGCUGGCUGGGCCGGCUGGACGGCAGCCGCUGGCUGAGCCACGUCAAGGCCGCCCUGAGCACGGCCUGCCUGGCUGCCCAGUGCCUGGACAGGGAGGGCUGCAGCGUGCUGGUGCACGGCGCGGAGGGGACGGACACCACGCUGCUGGUGACGGCGCUGGCCCAGCUCAUCCUGGACCCGGCCUGCCGCACGCUGGAGGGAUUCCAGGGGCUGCUGGAGCGGGAGUGGAUCGAGGCCGGGCACCCCUUCCAGCUGCGCUGCGCCCGCUCCGCCUCCUCCCACGCCCGAGGGAAGCAGGAGGCGCCCACCUUCCUCCUCUUCCUCGACUGCGUGUGGCAGCUGAGCCGGCAGUUCCCCUUCUCCCUGGAAUUCGGGGAGCAGCUGCUCCUCACCCUCUUCGACAACACCUACGCCUCGGCCUACGGCACCUUCCUGUGCAACAACGAGAGGGAGAGGAGCCUGUGUAAGGUGAAGGAAAGCACACACUCGCUGUGGGCCUGGCUGAACCAGCCUGAGGAGAAGCAGAAGUACCUGAACCCUCUCUACUCGCUCAACCCCCUGGUGAUCUGGCCCUCCGUGGAGCCCCAGAGCAUCCAGCUGUGGCAGGGUUUCUUCCUUCGCUGGAUCCGUCCUUCCCAGCACCUGGAUGAGGCCUGGGUGGAGAUCCGGAGGUUGGUGGAGGGAAACAGCUCCUCCACCAAGGAGGGAAACAGCUCCUCCACCAAGGAGGAAAACAGCUCCUCCACCAAGGAGGAAAACAGCUCCUCCACCAAGGAGAGCACAGGGAAAAGGCUGAGCCAGUCCCUCCCCGAGCCCCCGGCUGGGACAGAGAACGACGCUGAAGCCUGGACAGCUGGGACAAGGUGACACUGGAUCUUCCCAUGGGAAGGGCUGUGCAGGACACAGAGCCCGUGGACAGCUCUGGGAGAGGGGACAGAGCCUCUUUCCCAGCCUUUAGCUGCCCACCCUGAGCUCGUUUCAGUAAAUCUCUCUCCCAGCCCCUGCCUGAGUCCUGCUCUUCCAUAAGGGAGCUGCUCCUUCCCACUGGGAUUGCAGCAGUGCCCGUGGAUGGCUCUGGAGCUAAAGGGCAGCAGAUCACACAGAAAACCCAGCAGAUCACACCAAAAAAUCCCUCAGCAGAUCACACAAAAAACCCUCAGCAGAUCACACCAAAAAACACCAGCAGAUCACACCAAAAAACACCAGCAGAUCACACCAAAAAACACCAGCAGAUCAAAAAACCCUCAGAUCACACCAAAAAACCCCAACAGAUCACACAGAAACCCUCAGAUCACACCAAAAAACACCAGCAGAUCACACCAAAAAACCCACAGCAGAUCACACCAAAAAACCCCAACAGAUGACACCAAGAAAACCCCAACAGAUCACACAGAAACCCUCAGAUCACACCAAAAAACACCAGCAGAUCACACCAAGAAAACCCCAACAGAUCACACCAAGAAAACCUCAUAAGAUCACACAAAAAAACAAACACUCCCCCCCAAAAUCACAAAGGCUGCAGCCUCGGUGUUGUGCCAGCAGCUCCGAGCCAGGAGCCAGCCUGGGAAUUCUGCCCUUGGGCCCAGUUUCGAGGAAGGAAAGAGAAAAAAAAAAAAAAAAAAAAACCAAAAAAACCAAAACCAAACCACCCCUCUGGAGAGACAGGAGGGUGAGGAUCUGCAGCAGGAGCUCCCAGGGCAGGAAAUAACUGUUCCAUGAGGGAAGCUGGCUCAGGGUCAGCCCAGCAGAUAAACAGAGCGGCGGGGCCGGGCGCGUGCGUGGCAGCUGGAAAACAAUUCCUGGCUGCUGCACUUCCAGCUUUUUCACACUUCAGGGCAGGGCCUGAGGCUGUGGAGCCUCCCUGGGAAGGAGUUCAUGGAUGGGCAGGGGUCCCAGGAGGAGCAGCAGUGCUCCACGGGUGUGGAACAAAGCACUGACAACAGAGCUGGGAAAGCAAAGUCCUUGGGUUAAUUUUGGUCCAGAUGGG